CUGGCUUCUCAUUCCGGCCAUUUUGAAUAACACGAUAUUAUUUAUUUUCUUAAAAUCUUCCAAAUUGCAUUUGUUUUGUGGCAAAGACAAACGCAAUGCCUCGGAUAUUGAUAAAAGGUGGCGUCUGGAGAAACACUGAGGAUGAAAUUCUCAAGGCAGCUGUGAUGAAAUAUGGCUUAAAUCAGUGGUCAAGAAUUGCCUCGUUGCUUCAUAGAAAAUCCGCCAAGCAAUGCAAAGCUAGAUGGUAUGAAUGGUUGGAUCCAAGUAUAAAGAAGACUGAAUGGAGUCGUGAAGAGGAUGAGAAGCUUCUUCAUCUUGCCAAACUUAUGCCAACACAAUGGCGAACCAUUGCACCACUGAUUGGUCGCACUGCUUCACAAUGCCUGGAGAGGUAUGAAUACCUCUUGGAUCAGGCUCAAGCCAAGGAAGGCGAAGAUGCAGGGGAAGAUCCUAGGAAGCUUCGACCCGGUGAAAUUGAUCCCAAUCCUGAAACAAAACCAGCCAGACCAGAUCCUAUUGAUAUGGAUGAAGAUGAACUCGAGAUGUUGUCAGAAGCAAGGGCUCGUCUGGCAAACACACAAGGAAAGAAAGCCAAAAGAAAAGCCAGAGAGAAGCAACUCGAGGAAGCCAGAAGAUUGGCUGCUUUACAGAAACGCAGGGAACUUCGAGCUGCUGGCAUCGAGAUAAGGAAACACAAAAAGAGAAGGCGUGGUGUUGACUACAAUGCCGAAAUACCAUUUGAGAAAAAACCAGCUCCCGGAUUUUACGACAUCUCCGAUGAGAACGUGGCGCCCAUCCAACCUGAAUUCAAGAAACUACGACAGGACAAUCUGGAUGGGAAGAUGCGCGAUCAAGUCGAGGCCGAAGAAAGACGUAAGGAUAAGGAAAAGAUGAAAAAGAGAAAGGAAAGCGAUCUUCCCGGAGCUGUAAUGCAGAUCAACAAGUUAAAUAAUCCUGACCAUAUCAAAAAGCGCAGUAAACUUGUUCUUCCAAAACCACAGGUUUCGGAUGCCGAACUCGAAGAGGUCGUCAAGAUGGGUUUUGCCAGCGAGAGCGCACGUGCAAGCGUCGAAGACGGAAGCGCCGCGUCCGACGCUUUACUAUCUGAGUACUCUGUUACCCCUGGCAACCUCAAUCAACUAAGGACACCACGUACACCUGCUUCGCAGGACACUGUUUUGCAGGAAGCUCAAAACAUCCUGGCUUUAAAUCAAGUCGACACGCCAUUAAAAGGAGGUGUGAACACUCCUCUCCUCGAAUCCAGUUUCGAGGGUGUCACGCCAAAGAGGGCGGAUAUUCAGACGCCAAACAUGAUGUUGGGAACACCUUUUAGAACACCACAAGGAGAAGGUCAAGGAUCGACUCCGCGUAUGGGUACUCCGGGACCUCCAGGACCCAAGGGCUCAGUGACCCCCGGACGAGGGUCUGUUAGGGAUAAACUGAGCAUAAAUCAAGAAGAUGCUUUGAUGGAUGAAUACGAAUCGGCGCACAUGGCCAAGCAACAACAAGAAGAACAGAAAUUGAAGCUGAAAGAGAGUCUUGCCGGCCUUCCUAAGCCAUCAAAUGACUUUGAAAUUGUUGUUCCCGAAUCCGGACCUGAGGAGAUGGAAAAAUCGCAGAGCGAAAAUUUCGUCGAAGAUGCUGCCGAUAUCGACGCGCGUAAAAAGGCACUCAAAGAAAUGGAAGAUGAAAAGGAACGAAGAUUAUGGUCCCAAGCCGUUCAACGUGAAAUGCCUCGUCCUUCAGAUGUAAACACCACAGUCCUUCGUCCUGCAAAUAUUGAUCCACCGCUGACCGCUUUGCAGAAGGCCGAGGAACUCAUCAAGAAAGAGAUGAUCAUCAUGCUUCGUAACGACAUCGUUAACCAUCCCACCCACGGUCAGGUGGAACUAUUGAAGCAGAAAAAAACCCGUAACGCUGUUCAGGCGGUGAUCUCGUCGAAUCAAGUUGCACUGGAGCGUGAUCCGUUCGAGGCAUUCACCGAGGAGGAAAUGGCCGAAGCGAAGAAGACGUUGGCCAAGGAAAUGGAUUAUGUGAAACAGAGAAUAGGACACGGUGAUUUACCGAUUGAAUCGUAUUCUAAAGUUUGGGAUGAAUGUUAUGCUCAGGUGAUGUUUCUGCCAUCUCAAAAGAGAUACACGAGAGCCGCCCUUGCCAGCAAGAAAGAUAGAUUGGAAUCGUUGGAGAAGCGACUUGAGCUCAAUCGCUCGCAGAUGGCUCAAGACGCAAAGAAGGCGUCUAGGAUUGAGAAAAAAUUGAAAGUGUUGCUGGGUGGCUAUCAGUCUCGGGCUGUUGGCUUGAUAAAGCAACUUUCUGACGCGCAUGACCAAGUUGAACAGGCUUACGUCGAGAAACGAACGUUUGAGGAAUUGCAAAAUCAGGAAACUAAAGCUAUACCAAAACGACUCAACUCUUUGCAAGAAGAUGUGCAACGACAAACGGAACGUGAGAGCGAGUUGCAAAAACGUUAUGGCGAACUUCUCGUCGAACGCGAUAACUUAAAGAAUUCUUCAACUGGAUAGUCUAAAAGAUACUUCUAUUAAAAUGAAAGUGUUAAGCGUACUCAGACGCAUAAUCACGAGGCUUUCAAAUACGUCGAUUUCUUGAAGUGAAUUACAUUUUCUUCAUGCAUACUUUCAUUAACAGUUCGUGUACAUCUCUUUUCAUUCUCCGUUGAGUUUUCAUCCACGCACGUUUUAUCCGUUACGUUGCAUAACAAGGCACGGCAAAACUUCAAUUUAUUGUUGGUUUUCUGGCAAGUUUUGCGUGAAAGGCUAUGCCGGGAAACCACCAACAUGAAGCAAUAUAUCAGCAAAUAUACCAGGUAAUUCUAGUUCUUAUUACGCGAUACGACGUCACUGCAUGGCUGUUUAAUUGGGACUCGUGAAAUUUUGAGAAUGAAAGAGAUCUGCAUUAAGUGUUUAAGAAAGUCUACUGUCGUUUUACAAGCUCUGCUCGGUGAAAAUACAACUUCAGUAGCAGAAUUUUCAAACUAUAGUCACUUUUGCAUAAUUCUAUAUUCGUGCAUGCAUUGUUUCAGCCAAUUAAAGCAAACCGGAACCUCUUGAAAUAGAAAUCUGUCCGUGAUGACGCUAAGUGCGUUUUCAAAAUCAAAACAUUACGAAAAGAAUAAGCAGAAAAAAGUUAUCCUCAACUAUAUUACAUUCUUUACAUACUCA